CCAGGGUUAUAGACACGAGUCUCGUGAGACCAACCAUGCCCACUUGAAUCAAACAAGUCUCAUCAACACGCACAUGUAGAUACAUCUCUCUGCAGAGCAGAGGCUCUAUCUGUCUCCCACUUGUCCGCCAGCCAGGAAGCCACACACACAUGCAUUCAACACGAAGACAACACGAACGCAGGAAGGGAGCGGGCCAAGGAAGGGGAGCAAGACAGCCAGCACACGACGACAGACACAAGGCAGGCACCAUCACCAUACAAACGGAGCCCUCCCGGACAACCACCACUCCAUGCAGUUCUGGAGCUGCGCCGCAAACCGGGCCGCUCAGCCGUGGAUGCAGUGAGGCACGCACCAACGAGCGAGGUGCGCCACAUAAACAGCAGCACCCGGCACGACAGCCAGCCAGCCACACAAGAGGAGCAAGACAGCCACCACGCACCCUCUCCAUCAAAUCCAACCGGCAGGAAGAUUCCCGGUGAGGGGACAGACAUGGACACGCGCACGUUCACACACACGAGACUAGACUCGAGAUACCCAGCUGGCUGGGAUCGACACAGUUGACACGACAGACAGAUGAGCGACAGACAGAUGACCACGAUAGAUACACUUUGACACUCACUGACUGAGGACAGCCAACGCGGCAGGUGGGCACGAUACACAAGGAAAGUAAGUGACUAAAGCUGUGCUCUUGACAGCUCUUGUCUGAUUAAUAAGAGGAAGAAUAGGAAUAGGAGAAACGCAUUCCGCCCAUGGCAAAGUAGGUGACCCCGAUGAUCAUGCAGAUGGUGGCCGUGGUGAGGCAGAUGCGGGCCCACUUGUGCCGCUUCGACCCCGGCUGGGCGUCCAGGUUGAGGCAGAAGGCGAAGCAGCCGAUGGGCCAGAGGAGCACCGACAACACACAGGACACCUGGAAUGAUCAACAGACAACACAACACAACACACAGAGGGGAAAGAAUGUGUGGCGCUGGCUGUUUCUCUCUCCUGCCCACAUCGAUUCAUCUAUCUCACCUGUAAGCAUGGGAGCCAGCAUGACUUAUCAUCCUCGUGUCGCGGAUCCACCACCACCGGCUCCGGCACGUUGAUUACAUGAGCACCACCCAACUGCGGCUGCACCGUCUGCGGCUGCACAUACUGCGGCUGAUCACCGUCCUCGGGCUUCUCGGACGUGCCUGCCGUCGCCGGUGGCUGGCCGACAACAACGGGCAUCGUCUGGGGCGCAUCGUAUGCCGGUGCAGUGGUGGGUGAGGCGAUGUCGGCGGAUGGCCAGUUGACGGGCUGCGGCUGGGCGAGAGAGGGCUGCUCAACCGAGGGGUACGUCAUGACUGAUGCGGCUGCGGCUUGCAAGGGCUGUUGGGAGGCAAGAGGCGGAGGAUGUGAUUCACCAGCUGAGGACUGAGAUCUUUGCCGGCAGUGCCUUUUUUGUUGAGGAAACGUGAGUGCUCGUCGGGACAGGGAUGUGCGACACGGGAGAGGCGCCAGGGAUGUCGGAUAAAUAGCGUGCUCAGGUUGCUUGUAGAGUGGUCGAUGACCAAGCAGAUGGAGUCAGAGUCUUUUCUCUCUGAAAAGACCCAGUCUGUCUAACGCUAUGGCGUUGGGCUUCCGCUGGAAUAGGGCUCCGUUU